UGUUCCGAACAGAUUUUCCUUCCCGAGGCUGCACGUGGCGCUAAUAGAACCGAUUUGCAUAACUUCUGUCAGCCUGAAGCUCUGCCUGAAGGCUUUCUGGUACAGAAGGUUACUUUGUAUGUUCUCUGCGUUCGGAUUCCUCUUCCACAUUGGAUUAAUCUCUCCUAUUUGAAACGUUUUCUUCAUUGUAUAGAUUCAGAGCACCUGGAAAUGAAGUAUACUGAAAGAAAUAUCAGUUUAUUUGGAAAAGCAGUAAUUUUGUUUUCCUUAACAUAAAAAUCCCCAAGGCCUAACCCUGCCCAGAGGUUAAGCUCCCAAACUCAAUCGCCUUGAGCAGGAGCGCACACCUCCAUCUGCCUUCAGGUUUGCCCCUAUUCACUCAUGGUGCAUGUCAUCCCAUUGGGGCUUCCUGAUUGUCAUAUGUCUUUCCAGCAGAAAUUUCUUUUUGUGAAAUUUAUUCUUUGAUAUUUCAUUUAAGUAGCUUUGACGGUUAUAAUUCUGUGGAAGCAGGUGAAACGGGGGGAUUGCAGAAGGUUUUCACAGCGCACAGCUGUGAAAACUACUGUUCUUUCCAGCAGAAAUUUAUGGCAGCGAAAAGCAACGCUCCUUUAUAGCACUGUAGAAUUACCUUAGCUCUGGAAAAAGGACACCACGUAACGAAGACCGGUCGGAGGAACACCAGUGUCAGCUUCUGUCUGCUUUGUGCCAUGCAUUUAAUUCCCGGCACAGCAGGAACUCGCCGCAGGAGAAGGGAUCUCCGCAGAGUUCUGCCCUCGCUCAAAUCACCCCUGGAACGGGAGGUGAGCCGGCACAGAACGAGAGGAGGGUGCUCUCGAGCUCACGGUGGAAAUCCUUGAUUGGAAGACAAAGGAACAGCUAUGCUUCCUAGAUAAGGUGGAACCAAAUGCCACAAUUAGGGAGAUCAGAUUGAUGUUCCAUAAAUUAUAUCCUCGGUUGUAUCCAGCAAGGCAGUCGAUAAAACUCGAUCCAAAAGGAAAGUCUCUGAGGGAUGAGGAAAUCCUGCAGCAUCUCCCUGUUGGCACAACUGCUACCUUAUACUUUAAAGAUUUAGGGCCACAGAUAGGAUGGACUACGGUAUUUUUGAUAGAAUAUACAGGUCCAUUGUUCAUCUAUUUUCUGUUUUAUUUCCGCAUGCCUUUUGUCUAUGGACUGGAUGAGAGGUUUACAUCAAGCCCACAUCCAGUAGUUAACUUGGCAUGUAUCUGCCAUUCUUUCCACUACAUCAAAAGGUUGAUUGAAACAGUAUUUGUUCAUCGGUUCUCCCAUGGGACUAUGCCACUGAGGAAUAUUGUGAAGAACUGCUUGUAUUACUGGGGAUUUGCAGCUUGGCUUGCUUAUUACAUCAAUCAUCCUCUUUACACUCCUCCUUCUUAUGGGAAAAAACAGAUAAAUUUUGCUGUGGUCAUGUUUCUGCUAUGUGAAGCUGGAAAUUUUUCCAUUCAUGUUGCACUCAGUGACCUCCAGAGAAAUGGAUCCAAAAUCCGUAGGAUCCCAUAUCCAACAAAGAAUCCUUUCACAUGGCUGUUUUUCUUUGUAUCUUGCCCUAACUAUACAUAUGAGGUGGGGACCUGGAUCAGUUUCACUAUCAUGACUCAGUGUGUUCCAGUGGGGCUGUUCACCUUGCUUUGCUUCAUUCAGAUGACAGUCUGGGCAAAGGAUAAACACUGCACCUACCUACGAGAAUUCAAGGAUUAUCCAAGUCUUCGAAUGCCAAUUAUUCCCUUUUUAUUGUAAGAAAAAGGUUUAAU